GCGCGCCGUUCCUUCCGCCCGCGGCCCCGGAAGCCGGCGAUGGCGCGGAACGUGCUGUACCCUCUGUACCAGCUGGGCAACCCCCAGCUCCGGGUCUUCCGCACCAACUUCUUCAUCCAGCUGGUGCGGCCUGGCACAGCCCAGCCUGAGGACACUGUGCAGUUCCGGAUCCCCAUGGAGAUGACCAGAGUGGACCUCAGGAAUUAUCUCGAGCGCAUUUACAACGUGCCUGUGGCCGCCGUGCGGACGAGGGUGCAGUACGCAGGUUCCAACAGGAGGAGGGAUCACAGGAACGUCAGGAUAAAAAAGCCAGACUACAAGGUGGCCUAUGUGCAGCUGGCGCUCGGACAGACCUUCACCUUCCCAGACCUGUUUCCCGAGAGGAAGGGCGCCUCUGUGGACGUGGACGUCCGGGACCAGGUCCUGGAGGACCAGCGGCGGAGGCACAGCCCCGACCCCCGGCGCGGGGGGGUCCCCAGCUGGUUCGGCCUGUGACGUGGGGCCGUGACAACGUGAAUAAAAGUGCUGCCUGUGGACACUG